AUGUCCGAAUCGCGACGGGAGGGCGAGGAGUCGGCGCAGCAGCCUGCGACGCCGCUGCGCAGGGAGCGGGCGCCAACCAUCACUAUCGAUACCUCCGCCGUAAACUCCUCCCCCAACGCCAGUCAUCCCCCGGUCCAGGUGCUUUCGGGACAGCCGUCGCUGCAGCUCUCCACGGACAAUCUAGAAUCUCAUGAUAACAGUACGCUUCCCCAUCGCGGGGAGAGUAUCUCCCCCACUGACUUGCGGUAUCCAGCUUCGAUCCGUUCCAAUACCUCCUCUGAAGCUCGAGAUCGUGACCGUGACCGGGAAGAUCGACCGACGUCGCCACAUAACGUCUCCUCUCCCAAGACCAAGGCUCCUGAAUCCAAUUCAAAUUUCCUGUCCGUACCCGGGACGCGAUCCCGGGGUAACUCGCUCGAGUCGGAAGAUACUAGUCAAACAUCGAGCACUUAUGGCGGAGAGACUUAUGUGCCGACGACGUCGCAUGAAUCCCGAUCUGAUCUGGUGAAGAACUGCAAUGUCGACGACGAGGACGCUCUUACCCCGGACCCCGGCCGCGAAUCGGAAUUUGAAGUGGAAGACAAUAGGUUCGCUUUUUCACCGGGUCAACUGAACAAGCUUCUCAACCCAAAGAGCUUCGCUGCCUUUCGCGCCCUCGGCGGACUGCGUGGACUGGAAAAGGGCCUGCGGACCAAUGUGCACAGUGGAUUGAGUGUAGACGAAACAACAUUGGAUGGCGUGGUGGAGUUCGACGACGUCGUUUCAUCAGCAUCUUCACCAGAAUCUAUACCCAAGGCUGCUUCUCCUACAAGGCCGCCACCAGACACCGCAGGAGGCAGUGAAUCGAAAAUCGAGUCAGAUGAAUCCUACAUGGACCGGAGGCGGGUCUACGGAACGAAUAAGCUGCCAGAACGAAAAUUGAAGACCAUUUGGGAACUUGCCUGGAUUGCAUAUAACGACAAAGUUUUGAUCCUGCUAACGGUUGCCGCCGUCAUCUCCCUUGCUGUCGGUAUCCCGCAAUCCCUACAUCCUGCAAACCCGGAUGAACCUGGUGUGGAAUGGGUGGAGGGUCUCGCAAUUCUCGUAGCCAUCAUCAUCGUGGUCACUGUUGGCGCUGCGAAUGACUGGCAAAAGGAACGGCAGUUCGCAAAGCUCAACAAGAAAAAGGAGAACAGAUUGGUUAAGGUCAUACGAUCUGGCAAAACCGCGGAAAUUUCUAUCCAUGAUAUUACUGUUGGCGAUGUGAUGCAUCUUGAACCCGGCGACAUGGUCCCGGUAGAUGGCAUUCUGAUCGAUGGGCACGACGUCAAAUGUGAUGAAUCUUCAGCCACUGGCGAGUCGGAUGUUCUUCGCAAGACUCCAGGUGAUGAGGUUUACCGGACAAUUGAGCAACAUGGUGACCUUAAAAAGAUGGACCCAUUCAUUGUGUCUGGCGCGAAGGUCUCUGAAGGUGUAGGAACAUUCCUGGUCACCGCUACUGGCGUGCAUGCCACCCACGGCCGGACUAUGAUGUCCCUCCAAGAGGAAGGGGAAACCACACCGUUGCAAACAAAGCUGAACAAGCUGGCCGAGUACAUCGCCAAGCUUGGCCUUGCUUCUGGUCUGCUGCUCUUUGUUGUACUCUUUAUCAAGUUUCUCGUUCGGCUCAAGAACAUCGAUGGUGGUGCCGAUGCCAAGGGGCAAGCUUUCUUACAGAUCUUCAUUGUCGCUGUCACCAUCGUUGUGGUUGCUGUGCCAGAAGGCUUGCCAUUGGCCGUAACUCUUGCUCUCGCUUUUGCAACGACGCGAAUGAUCAAAGACAAUAAUUUAGUCCGCUUUCUCAAAGCUUGCGAGACUAUGGGUAAUGCGACUACCAUCUGUUCCGACAAAACCGGUACUCUUACCGAAAAUAAAAUGACCGCAGUUGCGGCCACUUUAGGAACAACAUCACGCUUUGGAGACAAGUCUGGUCAGUCGGGAGAUAUCUCUGCCUCGGAAUGGGUUUCUACUCUUUCUUCAUCAGUCAAGGACCUUUUGCUCAAAUCUAUCGUUCUCAACUCGACUGCUUUCGAGGGUGAACAAGACGGGGUCAAGACAUUCAUUGGAUCUAAGACCGAAACUGCGUUGUUGACCCUCGCGCGGGAUCACCUCGGGAUGGGGCCGCCUGCUGAGGAGCGGGCCAAUGCAAAGCUCGUGCAAAUGUUCCCGUUUGACUCGAGUCGUAAGUGUAUGGCAGUAAUCAUUCAAAUGGAAAACGGGAAGUAUCGGAUGCUGGUCAAGGGUGCUGCAGAGAUUCUUAUGUCCAAAUCUACCCGCAUCGUGAAUGAUCCCACCGACACCCUGUCAGAGGUACCAGUGACGGACGAGAACCGAACUACGCUCGAUAACAUCAUGGUCAACUAUACCUCACGCUCGCUGCGCUGCAUUGCACUCGUCUACCGGGAUUUCGAUCAAUGGCCACCUCGAGGAGCUCCAACUGCUGAAAAUGAUCGCAACAUGGCUCUCUUCGAACCUGUUUUCAAGGAUAUGACCAUUUUUGGACUCUUCGGUAUUCAGGAUCCCGUUCGACCGGGUGUCGCUGAUGCAGUGCACACUUGCCAACGUGCCGGUGUCUUCGUGCGCAUGGUUACUGGUGACAAUAUCAUGACGGCCAAGGCCAUCGCUCAAGAGUGUGGUAUCUACACACCCGGCGGCAUUGCUAUUGAAGGGCCCAAAUUCCGCAAGCUGAGCACGCGCCAAAUGAAUCAGAUCAUCCCUCGACUCCAAGUUAUCGCUCGUUCUAGUCCAGAGGACAAGAAGAUCCUUGUGAAUGCGCUUAAGAAGCUCGGGGAAACUGUUGCGGUGACUGGAGAUGGCACCAACGACGCUCAGGCUUUGAAGAAUGCCGAUGUUGGCUUCGCCAUGGGUGUUACCGGUACUGAAGUGGCCAAGGAGGCAUCGGACAUUAUCCUGAUGGAUGAUAAUUUCGCUUCUAUUGUCAAGGCAAUGUCAUGGGGUCGCACUGUUAGCGACGCUGUGAAAAAGUUUCUUCAGUUCCAAAUCACAGUCAACAUCACUGCCGUCAUCCUCACUUUCGUUUCAGCAGUUGCUAGCAGUACUGAGGACUCGGUCCUUAGUGCCGUUCAGCUGUUGUGGGUGAACUUGAUUAUGGACACCUUUGCCGCACUCGCCCUUGCAACAGAUCCUCCAUCGCCUUAUGUCCUUGAUCGUCGACCCGAAUCUAAAGCCUCGCCCCUCAUUACUCUCACAAUGUGGAAAAUGAUAAUUGGACAGUCAAUCUACCAGCUAGUUGUGACUUUUGUCCUGAAUUUUGCCGGCGGAUCGAUUUUCACUUGGGACAGUGAUCAUAUGCAGACAGUGGUUUUCAACACCUUUGUUUUCAUGCAGAUCUUUAACCAGUAUAACUCUCGCCGGAUUGAUAAUAAACUCAACAUUAUGGAGGGUAUUUGGCGCAACAAAUGGUUCAUUGGUAUCCAAGUCAUCAUCGUUGGAGGUCAGGUUUUGAUCAUUUUCGUUGGCGGCGCAGCCUUCUCUGUGAAACGACUUGACCAGGGUAGCCAGUGGGCAGUCAGCCUCGUUCUUGGUGCCCUUUCGGUACCAAUAGCUGUGGUCAUCCGUCUCAUUCCGGAUGAGUUCAUCAAGAAAGUCAUCCCACAUCUCUGGCACACCCGUAGCUCCCACAAGAAGGGACCUGAACUGGUUGUCUCUGAUGAGGACCGUCGGUUUGAAUGGAACCCAGCAUUGGAAGAAAUCCGCGAUCAGUUGCAAUUCAUCAAAACUGUCCGGGGUGGGCGAUUACGCCACCUCCGUCACAAGCUGCAACACCCCCAGGAAUUCUUGCCUCGGUCUCGCAGUGGAUCACGCUCGCGCGAAUCCUCGAUUCCCCCUACGCCAAAUGGUGAUAGUGGAAGCCCUCCUCCUGAUCUGGCAACUCCCGAUCCGCGUUCCCGCCGCACUCCGCGGUCCCGUUCCAACUCAACAUUUGGGCCCGCAGCCGCUAUGGCCGGUGUCGUGGCCGGCAGUAUUGCUGGAUGGUCUCCUAUUGAGCGGGGUCAUGACGAGGCUGACUCGAUCACUUUCCCAACUGCCGCUGCGCAUGGUGGAUUAGAUAAUCAACAGGGUAUUGAGAUUCAUCCUGAUACUGCGGCCGACGACCGCGUUGUCGGCGAAUAUUUCCACAACUCCAAAACUCCACCCAGUCAGAACCCGGAUCUUAUCCCAUUCUUUGAACAUGCUCCGCCGGCCGUAGCGGAGCGAGCUCCAUCUAGCCGCGGUCGCCGGUCUCUUUCCCAGCGAUCCCGGUCUAGCCAGUCCCAGGUCUGA